AUGAACUUUAAGUUUACCAUUCAAGAUUUGGUUGCAAAAAACAGAACUUCUAUACAAAAUAUUAAUAUUAUUAAACAGUGGUUGCCCACAACUAUUGAAUCAUAUAUUCCACCUUCAAUUCACGAUGAGCUGAUUGCUCUCUUUUUAAUGUCACGGAAUAACGACAUCGAUCUAACUAAAGACUGUAUAAGGUCACAUUAUGGCUUAAGAUAUGAGGCACCUGAAAUGUUUGAUGACAGAAAUCUUGAAAGAAUAGAUGUUCAAAUGGCGCUUAACACAUUGAGACUUGUGAGCAUUCCAAGAAGAACAGAAGAUAACUAUCUUGUUCUAUACGCUAGUGUCAGGGACACUGAUUUUUUUAGCUUUGAACUGCAUCCUAUCAUGAAAGCAUCAUUGAUGCUCUUUGAUAUCGAACAUCACACCAACCCUCCCGAUGGAAUACACAUGCAUCCGGUGGGAUGGAACGUGGAAGAAGUGUUCCCAAAAAGUUGUUUGCCCAAGGAAGUGGGAGGAGAGCUGGAGUCAGAAGAUGAACUUAACAGAAACACAUUGAUGUUGUAUAAAGAAAGGGAGGCGUACUGGAAAGAAGAAGAAAGGCUAAGAAAAACGAUUUCUAAAUAA